ACUUUAAGAAGACCUUACACUCUGAUAUUUACGGUAUUGUUACACCUCUUAGGACCGACUUUUAUUUGUAUACCCUGGCCUGAAGUGCAUUCUGGUUGUAUACAUGUUUUUCUCAAUGGCACCGUUCAGCCGCGGUUUUGUUGCCUCUUUUAGGAAACUCCUAACCAGAAAUCCGUGUCGCAUCACUUCGGAGUCGCUCUCGUCUUUCUCCGGUUAUGCGGCACAGCAGCAGCAGUACCCCCAGCGGGGUCCCGGAGCUCCUUUGGCCGCCUCAGUGGACGCGUACGGCGGCGUGACGGUGCAUUUGCCCGCUGACGUCACCGAAGCGACGUUCAGCGAGCUGCUGCGUGAGUCUGUGAGUGUCUGGCGCUCUGAGGACCGCCUGGCCGCCUGGCUGCGUGUUCCUCUCAGUCGGAGUCGUCUAGCCGAGGCUGCAGCGCUGCAGGGUUUUACCUUCCACCACGCGGUCCAAGACGAGGCCGUGCUCAGCCUGUGGAUGGGGUAUGGAGAGAGCCGCCUGCCCAACUACGCAACACACCAGGUCGGAGUUGCAGGUGCUGUAGUGGACCAGUCCAAUGGAAAAGUCCUUGUUGUUCAAGACAAGAACAGGGCUAAGAAUAUGUGGAAGUUUCCUGGUGGUUUGUCAAAUCCAAGUGAAAAUAUUGGCGACACUGCAGUCCGUGAGGUUUUUGAGGAAACUGGCGUCCGAUCUGAAUUCCAAUCUCUGCUGAGUAUUCGUCAGCAGCACCACCACCCCGGCGCAUUUGGAAACUCAGAUAUGUAUCUGAUCUGCCGUCUUGCUCCAGUAACAUACGAGAUUAACUUCUGCAAGCACGAGUGUUUACGUUGCGAGUGGAUGGAUUUGGCUGAAUUGGCCAAAAUUAGUGACGCUACACCCAUAACGAGCCGCAUCACCAAACUGCUUCUAUACGGACUAGAAAAUGGAUUCCACAACAUCGAUCUAAGUAUGGAGGAAUUGCCUGCCAUGUAUACCGGAUUAGUCUAUCAGAUUUAUCACAGGAAGAUUCCUGAGCGGUAUAAAUAAAUAUCACAGUGUGCUGAAGAUGCAAGUGCCUGUUUUACAGAGGGUUUUUUAAUAGAAGGAUCAAAUGAAGAGCCAUUUCUCACAUUUAAAUAUUAAUUCAUAAUCAUUCAAAUUACAAAUUGACUUUAUUACAAUACAGUGAUUGGAAAGAUUAUCGAAUGCCAUUUCUCUCUUUUAUGUUUUUGUUGUUGUUGUUUUGUUUAGUUUUUUUUUUUGGGGGGGGGGGUUGUUUUUUUAAGGCAUCUUUUUUAUUGUAGAAGCCUGUUACAUAACUUGUACACCAACCAUAUAUUACAGUUGCAUUAUAUUAAACUCAUUUACUUUUUAUCUUUUCAA